GUGCGGCUCCAUGGCACAGAAUGUGCUGUACCCCCUGUACCAGCUGGGGGGCCCCCAGCUUUGCCUCUUCUGAACCAACUUCUUCAUCCAGCUGGUGCGGCCUGGCACGGCCCAGCCCGAGGACACCGUGCAGUUCCGGAUCCCCAUGGAGAUGACCAGGGUGGACCUCAGGAACUACCUGCAGAGCAUCUACAAGAUGCCGGUGGCCGCUGUGCGGACGCGGGUGCAGCACGGCUCCAACAGGAAGAGAGACCACAGGAACGUGCGGCUGAAGAAGCCGGACUACAAGGUGGCCUAUGUGCAGCUGGCCCACGGACAGCGCUUCACCUUUCCCGACCUGUUCCCUGCGAAGGAGCAGGGCUCCCAGGACGGCCCCGAGGACGCCCGGGACCACCUCCUGCAGGCUGAGCGGCAGCGGCUGAGUGCCGACCCCCGGCGUGGCGGGGUUCCCAGCUGGUUUGGCCUGUGACAGGGACACACACCCCAGGGGCAGCUCAAAUAAAAGUCGUACUGGAACCAAAAAAAAAAAGGGGG